AUGCAUCUCAGAUUGGACCUUUCAACCACCCACGUACUCAGAGGUGGUGACCACUCUACAGUCAUUACUGCCUUCUUCAAACUUACAUGCAUUGGAAUAACCAAUGCUCUCCAUGAGUUUCUGAGCAAAGUCCAGUUUGACAACCCUGUGGGGGAACCAGUGUUUCUGGAUGAGAACCACAGGUCUACUGCAAAACUUGAGAUUCUGAACUUCGUGAUCUCUCCCAGUGGAACUUAUGCAGAGCAGUGUGUGAAGUGUGGUGAAGAUCAGUAUUCAAACAUGGAGAGAGAUGGCUGCCUCCACAAAGCGGUGACUUUCCUGUCCCACAAGAAACCUUUGGGACUGAUCCUGGUCUGCACGUCUCUCUCCUUCUCUCUCCUCACAGCCCUGGUUUUCGGGAUAUUCAUUAAGCACCAAGAUACCCCCAUAGUCCGAGCCAAUAACCACAAUCUCAGCUACACCCUCCUCCUCUCCCUUAUGCUCUGCUUUCUCUGUGCUCUGACUUUCAUCGGCCAACCCACUCCGGCCUCCUGCCUCCUUCGACAAAUGGCCUUUGGGGUCGUGUUCACCGUGGCUGUCUCCUCCAUCUUAGCCAUAACCUUCACCGUGGUUCUGGCUUUCAGGGCCACGACCUUGGGGAGCAGGGUCAGGAGGUGGGUGGGGCCCAGAGCCUCAACCUCAACAGUCCUGUCCUGUUCCCUGGUCCAAGUGACCAUCUGCAUGAUCUGGUUGGACACUGUUCCCCCCUUCCUGGAGGUGGAUGUGCACUCUGAGCCCAGCCUCAUCAUUGUUGAGUGUAACGAGGGCUCCGUGACUGCCUUCUACUGCCUUCUGGGCUACCUGGGCGUUCUGGCUCUGGUGAGCUUCACUGUGGCUUUCCUGGCCAGGAAGCUGCCCGACAGCUUCAACGAGGCCAAGUUCAUCAUGUUAGGAAUCCUGGUGUUCUGCAGUGUCUGGGCCUCCUUCCUCCCCGCAUACCAAAGCACCAAGGGGAAAGCCAUCGUGACCAUGGAGGUCUUCUCCAUCUUGGCCUCUGGUGCCGGACUUCUCAGCUGCAUCUUCAUCCCCAAGUGCUACGUGAUCCUGCUGUGGCCUGACAGGAACACCCGGGAGUGGUUGAAGAGGAAAUGA